CCGAGUCCACCGCAACCCCACAACACACUCUCUCUCUCUGUUCUGCUUUGACCCCCGCAUUUGCUCCCUAGCUCUGAGAUGUCGUCGACGGCGUACUCGCGGCCGUCGAAGCUCCCGGGCGGGGCCGGCGAGCGGAGGCUGCCGCCGCGGCUCAUGAGGAGCUUCACCGGCAAGAUCGAGCCCAAGAAGCUCGGCCUCGGCCUCCUCGCCGGCGGAUGCCUCGCGCUCCUCACCUACGUCUCCCUCGCCAAGCUCUUCGCCAUCUACUCGCCUGUGUUCGCUAGCACGGCCAACGCGUCAGGCCUGCUGCAGAACGCGCCGCCGGGCUCGUCAUCCGCUCCGCAGAAGGAGGCCGUUCCGCCGCUGGAAGACACAACAUUUGCUGGCCGCAAGAACGACGACCCCGCGGAUCCCGUCGAUUUCCCGGAGGAGGGCCCGGCGGUCGCGGUCACCGAGGAGCCCGGCUUGCCGGAGGCGCUAGUCUCGAAAAAGGAGAAGGAGGCGCCGCUGCCCUCCGAGCGUAAUCCAUCUGAGAAGGAUCAGGACAAGAGCAUUGGGGAUGCCAAGAUGGCGUGCGACGAGAACGGCGUCGACGAGGGCUUCCCGUACGCGCGGCCGGCGGUGUGCGAGCUGUCCGGCGACAUCCGCGUCAGCCCCAAGCAGAAGACCAUGUAUCUCGUGAACCCGUCCGGCGCCGCCGCCGGCUUCGACGAGAAGGGCGAGAAGAAGGUCCGCCCGUACGCCCGCAACGACGACUUCCUCCUCCCGGCCGUCGUGGAGGUCACCGUCAAGUCCCUCCCGUCCGCGGAGGCCGCGCCGCAGUGCACGAAGCGGCACCCCGUGCCCGCCGUGGUGUUCUCCGUCGCCGGAUACACGGACAACUUCUUCCAUGACAACACGGACGUGAUGAUCCCGCUCUUCCUCACGGCGGGCCACCUCAAGGGCGAGGUGCAGCUGCUCAUCACCAACUACAAGCCGUGGUGGGUGCAGAAGUACACGCCGCUCCUCAGCAAGCUCUCCAACUACCCCGUCAUCAACUUCGACGAGGACGCCGGCGUGCACUGCUUCACGCAGGGGUUCCUCGGCAUGUACCGCGACCGCGACCUCAUCCUCUCCCCGCACCCGACCCGCAACCCGCGCAACGUCACCAUGCUCGACUACAACCGCUUUGUGCGCGCCGCAUACGGGCUGCGCCGCGAGCAGCCCGCCGUGCUCGGGGAGGAGCCCGGGAUGCGGCCGCAGAUGCUCAUCAUCUCCCGCAGCGGCACGCGCAAGCUGCUCAACCUGGACGAGGUGGCCGCGGCCGCAACAGCCCUCGGGUUCAACGUGACGGUGGCCGAGGCCGGCGCGGACGUGCCGGCGUUCGCCGCGCUGGUGAACUCCGCGGACGUCCUCCUGGCGGUCCAUGGUGCUGGCCUCACCAACCAGAUCUUCCUGCCAACCAACGCCGUCGUGCUGCAGAUCGUGCCUUGGGGGAACAUGAACUGGCAGGCCACCAACUUCUACGGCCAGCCGGCGCGGGACAUGCAGCUCCGGUACCUCGAGUACUUCGUCGACGAGGAGGAGACCAGCCUCAAGGACAAGUACCCCAGGGACCACGUCGUCUUCAAGGACCCCAAGGCGCUCCACACUCAGGGCUGGCAGGUGCUCGCCGAGACUAUCAUGAAGCAGGAUGUCAAGGUCAACCUCACCAGGUUCCAGCCGUUCCUGCUGCAGACCAUCGACAAGCUACAAGAGUAACAGCCCCCAUGAUGCUGUCCUAACACAAGGCGGGCUUAAAGCAUUGACAUUCUUUUUGUACACCUAUGAGUUAUUUUCCUAUCAUGAAUGUGCCUUGGAAUGGCACUCCAGAUAGUGUAUUUGUUCAAAUGUCACAGAGUAUGUGUUGCUGUUUAUACAAAAGAUUGUCCGCACAUCUGAAAUCCAAAGAGUUUCUUGUUGCCUACG